AUGUCCGAUCAGACGAGCCCCGAGUCCAAUGUACCACAAGGGCGGCCACGUCCACCGCCAAACCGUCGUCGGGACAAACCGCAAUUGAGCUGUGACUUAUGUAGGCGUAGAAAGCUAAAGUGUAACCGGCUGUAUCCUUGUGAGAACUGCGCCAAACGUGGACUCGAUUCACAAUGCACCUUUCCUGGCCCCGCUACAAGGUCUACGGCUCGACAGAGGAGUCGCGAUGCCAAUGAGAGCUCGAAUGUCUACGAUAGGCUUCGCCAGCUCGAGAGUCAGCUUGCGAGAAUUGAACGGCCGUCACCCACACCAACAAGGCAUGUACCCGGCCCUGCUGCUACACCCACAGAAUCUGGAACAAGCACGAAUGUGAAUACGCCCUCGGGUGCGGACAAUAACUUCCCGCCCGAAGGACUGCCAUUCAGUGGUCCUACAUUGCAAGGUCCUGGCUCUGUAUAUGUGGACUGUUCGCACUGGUCUUCAAUCCUUCGGGGGGUCUCUGAGUUGCGGCCUGAGUCAUGCACUAGGCCGCAAUAUUCAAUAUCAAGCCUUUCAAAUGAGAAGGAUUUGCAACAGCCUCCUGGGCCCUUGCUACUGUAUGGGUGUCGUCCAGUAGCAACCAAACAGGAACUUUUGGAUGCGAUUCCACCCAAGGCUGAGACUGAUCGCUUGAUUGCUCAUUACUUCAACGCAUUGGACUUGUCCUCAGCGAUGUUACGACGCCCUGGGUUCGCGAAGGAGUACGGCAGAUUCUGGGACAACCCGGCAGGCACGCCUGUUUUAUGGCUGAGUUUGCUUUUCGGAAUGCUCUGUAUCGCGAUGCAAUUUCGACAAGGCAAUCCCGAGAAUACCACCUGUCCAGAAGAACGAUCAGGAGAAAGUGUUGCCAAGUACAAAGAGAAGGUGGUACAAAGCCUCCUUUUAGGCCGCUAUACUCAAGGAGGCCCAUAUGUCAUCGAGGCUUUGGUCCACUACCUUGCGAUCGAGCACCUUUCGAGGCCAGAUGCCGACAGUGGUGUCUGGAUCGUUGUGGGAAUCCUUGUGAAUCUUGCCAUGCGAAUGGGAUAUCAUCGUGACCCUAGCUAUUUUGAUGGUAUCACACCGCAUGACGCCGAAAUGAGACGACGCCUAUGGAUAGCAAUCUAUGUUCUAGGUUGUGCUAUCUCAGAGCAUAUGGGCAUGCCACAUCUUAUCAAGAAUGUUGACGAUGUGAAAGAGCCGAGAAACCUAUUGGAUACUGACUUUGACGAAUUCACUGUGGAGUUACCCCCUGCGCGUUCAGACAAAGAACCUACCCCAAUGCUAUACUGCCUAGCAAAAUUUCGAUCACUCAAGGUUUCCAAUCUGAUCAAUGAUCUUGUCACCAGCCGGCAACGCUAUUCGUACGCUGAAGUUAUGGAAGUCGAUGCCAAACUCAGCGAAGCACAUUCAAACAUACCUGUUUGUUACAAGUGGCGUUCGUUGUCUGAAUCUGUCACCGACCCGCCAAUCGUCAUUUGUCGAAGACUGUACUUGGAGAUUCUUCAUCUUAAAGCACGAAUCGUUCUCCACAUACGACAUGUACUGCCAACACAGCAUCAGCAGGACUUCGCCUACUCAAGACGGGUUAUAGCGGAUGCGCUUUGCGAAUCUAUGAAAUUUCAUCACAUCAUGGAUGAAGAGACGCGACCAACAGGACAACUUUUCCAAUCGAGGUGGCGCUUUUCAGCUAUAGUUAACCAGAACUUUUUGCUCACAACGAUCGCCAUGUGUUUCUUCUUACGGCACAACAAGUCGGAAAUCGGGAGGGCUCGGUUGGAGGAAAUCAAGCGGUUGUGUCGUCAAUCCCAAGGCAUCUGGAUUCGCUCCAGCAGGACCUCAAAAGAAGCAUCAAAGGCGGCAGAGGCUCUAAAGGUAUUAUUAGAUAAUUGGGAUAAUCCUGUAGAAUCCGCGCGUGGAGCGGGGGCACCUGUGCUAAAGGAUCCGACCUUGGACUCGUGGGCCUCCACUACCUAUUCUGACGUGUCAGGAGGACUGGAGAUGCCAUUUUCCUAUUUCAGCUUGUUUGACGAACUGGAAAUGACUUCUUUUGCAUCUGAGACCCCGGACCACUUACUCGUGCCGCCCGUAACAGGUCAAUCAAGCGAUUAUCUUACCUCAGCACAAUGGUACGCGCACCGUCAAGAAUCGUAA